AUGGGCGUAAGACCCAUGGUUUGCCAAGGAGUUCUAUGCCAUGGGCCAGGUAAGACGCUUCAAUCUAAUACCCAUCGGCUCAGCUGUUCCCAAUGUCUCUACUUGCUUGACUCGUGCAAUGUCUCAAAAGAUGCAAGGAGAGCAUCCUUUGGCGUUGCAAUCAACAAUAUUCAGCACAGUGAUAUAUCCCAAGGACUCCAGCUGGUGAAGCCAGAACCAGAAGGGAAUAUUAGUGCAGACUGCACACACACACACAGAGAAAGAAAGAGGGAAAGGGAGAGAGGGAAUGGUGUCAGGGCUGACAAGAGUUCAGAAUAG